GAUCAGAGGACGCUGAUGCUGAUUUAGCAAGCUCCUGGAUUGAAGUCACAUUAUUAACAGUUAGCUUUGUUACGUUAGUUGCAAAUGGCGAAGUUUUAUGAAGGACAUCUAGAUUAUAAUUUUUUUAUUAGUAAGGAUUAUUGCUGAUUUAAUUAGUCGGCUUGUUGAAAGGGACUCUACUCUUACAAACCAAUAAUGUGCUGUAAAUGCUAUAGCUGGCUGUCAUGACACUGCUGCUGAUUUAGCUGGUUAAAUUAGUUGUAGUACAAAAUUCUUGUAGUACCCAUGUUUGCGGCUCAAUAUAAUGUUAAUUAACUGAGGUCAUAGCAACAUUUCUAGCUGUGUCCUUCUGACAUUACAUGCAUUCUUUUGCAAUGUUAAACACGUUUGCCAAGGUUCAAAAGCAGAGAUGGUUGGUCCAAGAGAUGAGCCGAAUAUUUGCACAAGUUUGCGUUAAGAACGAGCUGAAAGCUAGCUGGUUGGCAGCACAGAGGGUAACAAAUGUAAUCAGAAAUUUCGCCACGUCCUGUCCAGUGUGCGCCCAACCUAGAGGAAUUACUAAGAAAAAAGAGCUUUCUGAAAAAAAACUGACUCGGCACUUUGUGGACCACCGCAAGGUGAAGCUACUGGCUGGAGCAGGCGGGAAAGGGGCUUCCACUUUCCACAGUGAGCCCCGGAAAGAGUGGGGAGGACCGGACGGGGGGAACGGUGGAGACGGGGGAAACAUCAUCAUCAAAGUCAACCGGCAGGUGAAAUCUUUAGCGCAGGUCGCCCCCGUCUACAAAGGAGAAGAUGGUGAAUCAGGAGGCAGUAAAAACUGCUACGGACGCAACGCUGGCACAACCUACAUCCCUGUGCCAAUGGGGACAGUGGUGAAGGAGCAGGGGGAGACGGUGGCGGACCUCUCCCAGAACGGCCAGGAGUACGUGGCCGUGUUUGGAGGAGCUGGGGGAAAGGGCAACCGCUUUUUCCUGUCUAACGAGAACCGCGCCCCUACUACUGCCACCCCAGGAGAGAGAGGCCAGGAGAGAGUCCUCCAGCUGGAGCUGCGCACUAUGGCCCACGCUGGACUGGUUGGAUUUCCCAAUGCUGGGAAGUCUUCUCUCCUGAGGGCCAUCUCCAAUGCCAGGCCUGCCGUGGCUGCCUACCCCUUCACUACCCUCAACCCCCACGUGGGCAUUGUUAAGUACAGGGACCACGAGCAAGUGGCAGUUGCUGACAUCCCCGGUAUCAUCCGUGGGGCCCAUCUAAACCGAGGUCUGGGGGUCUCCUUCCUCCGCCACAUAGAGCGCUGUCGCUUCUUGCUCUAUGUCCUGGACAUGUCCUCGCCAGAACCCUGGAUGCAGCUCCAGUAUCUGCGCUACGAGCUGGACCAGUAUGAACCCGGUCUCUCCCACCGGCCUCACGCUAUUGUGGCCAACAAAAUGGACCUACCCGGGUCGGGGGUUAAUUUGAAGGCUCUUAGAGACCAUGUGGAGCAGCGGGUGAUCCCUGUGUCGGCACUCACCGGCCUGAAUACAGAGGAGCUCAUCCUCCAUCUCAGGGAGCUGUAUGAUGGUUACCUGGUGACCCAGGUACUGAGUAGUGGCGAGGACAAACCUACCAAGUGGUAGGCCUGCCGGAAUUGUGGACUGUCAGACUUCCAUGCCUUUUCCUUACUUUUUCUAUACCCGCCUAAUGUAGUUUGUUCAAAUUAAACAACUAAAGAUGCUAUUGUCAAGUGUGACGUAUGGAAUGUAUUUAUUUUAUAAAUUACUUUCAUUAAGCAUGA